AUGGUGGGAGAAAUCUCUCCCUCUCUCUGUCUUUCUACCCUCUCUCUCUCUCUCUCUUUCUCUCUCUCUCUCUCUCUCUCUACUAAUAUCAUGCACAUUCUUGAUGACGUUGUGCGCAUUCCAGUACUUCCUGUCUCUGUAUUUCUUUCGUUUCAAUCAUUCCACGUCAUUUUCUUUCUUUCGUUUCAAUCAUUUCCCUUUUUUUUCUUUUUUUUCGUUUUAAUCAUUCCCAGUCUUCUAUUUUUUUCGUUUUCAAUCAUUCCAUGUCUUUCUACUUUUUCUUUCAAUCAUUUUUUUCUCUCUUUAUUUCUUUCGUUUCAAUUUUUUCGUUUUAAUCCUUUUCUUUUCUUUCGUUUCAAUCAUUCCAUUUUCUUUUCUUUUUUCGUUUUAAUCAUUCCUUUUCUCUCUAUUUCUUUUCGUUUCAAUCAUUCCACGUCUUUUCUAUUUUUCCAAUCAUUCCUAGUCUUUUUUCUAUUUUUUCGUUUUAAUCAUUCCUUUUUUUUUUUUCCUGUCUCUGUAUUUCUUUCGUUUCAAUCAUUCCACGUCUUUCUACUUUUUUCGUUUCAAUCAUUCCCUUUUCUCUAUUUUUUCGUUUUAAUCAUUCAUUCCUUGUCUCUGUAUUUUUCGUUUCAAUCAUUCCACGUCUUUCUACUUUUUUUCGUUUCAAUCAUUCCCUUUUCUCUAUUUUUUUCUCUCUGUAUUUCUUUCGUCUCAAUCAUUCCACGUCUUUCUACUUUUCGUUUCAAUCAUUCCCUUUUUCUCUAUUUUUCGUUUUUAAUCAUUUUGUCUCUGUAUUUUUUCGUUUUUCUAAUCAUUCCCAUUCUCUGUUUUCUUUUGUCUCUGUAUUUCUUUCGUCUCAAUCAUUCCACGUCUUUCUACUUUUCUUUUUUAAUCAUUCCUUGUCUCUGUAUUUCUUUCGUCUCAAUCAUUCCACGUCUUUCUACUUUUUCGUUUCAAUCAUUCCCUUUUUCUCUAUUUUUUUCGUUUUUAUCAUUCCUUGUCUCUGUAUUUCUUUCGUCUCAAUCAUUCCACGUCUUUCUACUUUUCGUUUCAAUCAUUCCUUUUUCUCUAUUUUUUCGUUUUAAUCAUUCCUUGUCUCUGUAUUUCUUUCGUCUCAAUCAUUCCACGUCUUUCUUCUUUUCGUUUCAAUCAUUCCUUUUCUCUAUUUUUUUCUCUCUGUAUUUCUUUCGUCUCAAUCAUUCCACGUCUUUCUACUUUUUCGUUUCAAUCAUUCCCUUUUUCUCUAUUUUUUUCGUUUUAAUCAUUCCUUGUCUCUGUAUUUCUUUCGUCUCAAUCAUUCCACGUCUUUCUACUUUUUUCGUUUCAAUCAUUCCUUUUUUCUAUUUUUUUCGUUUUAAUCAUUCCUUGUCUCUGUAUUUCUUUUCGUCUCAAUCAUUCCACGUCUUUCUACUUUUCGUUUCAAUCCAUUCCUUUUCUCUAUUUUUCGUUUUAAUCAUUCCUUGUCUCUGUAUUUCUUUCGUCUCAAUCAUUCCACGUCUUUCUACUUUUCGUUUCAAUCAUUCCCUUUUUUUCUAUUUUUUUCGUUUUAAUCAUUCCUUGUCUCUGUAUUUCUUUCGUUUCAUUCCAUUUUCUACUUUUCGUUUUAAUCAUUCCUUUUUCUCUAUUUUUUUCUUUAAUCAUUCCUUGUCUCUGUAUUUCUUUCGUCUCAAUCAUUCCACGUCUUUCUACUUUUUUCGUUUCAAUCAUUCCCUUUUUCUCUAUUUUUUCGUUUUAAUCAUUCCUUGUCUCUGUGUUUCUUUCGUCUCAAUCAUUCCACGUCUUUCUACUUUUUUCGUUUCAAUCAUUCCCUUUUCUCUAUUUUUUCGUUUUAAUCAUUCCUUGUCUCUGUAUUUCUUUCGUCUCAAUCAUUCCACGUCUUUCUACUUUUUCGUUUCAAUCAUUCCCUUUUUCUCUAUUUUUUCGUUUUAA